AUGACAAUAGAGAGUACUCCCAGUCAACAGGGGCGCAAGCAAACUUUAAGCGCUUCUCAUUCGCAAAGAGUAACGAAUACUAAUUACUUUAAAUGCUUUCAGAAUUAUUAUUACGGUCAGCGAUACUUGAAACCAAACCCAGUAUACAUAACUGAUGUCAAGCCAAGUGUGAACCACUGGCAGUUGAGAGAUUUAAUUCAACUUGAUAAACGUAAUGGAGAUCUAUAUUAUACUAAAGAUGAGUCUAUCAGAAGAUUAAGGCGAAAGGGUCUCGUUUCAGAAAAGCAUUUAAAGUUGGAUUAUUUUCCACGUUGUUAUAGUCAUGGUGCUAAUGGUGUCAUUGUUACAGGUGGGCUUAUAACUUCAUCCUCCAACAUUUUUUCGAUGAAUGUCGAGAGUUUAAGUUAUCCGCUGUCUUUGAAUACUAGGAGUAGCAGGCCAUCAAAGGGUCUCUUUUCAUUUUAUAAUCCAGAGUUGGAUGUAAGACGGACAUUUAAGGUUGGGGAGAUGAUAAACAAUUCGGUUUCGAUAUCACAAUACAGUAAUAAUCAGUUUAAGUCAUAUGUUUGUAAUAACGACUCGAACCUAUACCUGAUCGACAUAGGUAAUAACGACAAAUUCACAAUUACAAACAAAAUUAUUUGUGAGGCUAAUACGUCCUUGAAUAAUGUUGUUCAAUGUCCGAGUAAUGGAAAAAUCCUCAAUGUAACAGGUGAUUCAUCCUCUAUAUUUUUAGUUGAUCCUACGUCAAAAGAUGGAAGGAUUAAGAAAAUCAAGACAAACCAUGAUUCGGGCUUUGGGAUGUCCUAUCAUCCAAAUGGCAAUCUAUUUGCAACUGCGUUCCAGGAUGGAACAUGUUUAUUGUAUGAUAUAAGAUACUUGUCUGACAAUAAGCCUAUUGUCGAGAUCAAAUCUACUAGGCAAGGACAUCAAUCAGGUGCAUUUAGAUGCUGUAAGUUUUCAGAUAAUUCCCUUCACAAUAUGUUAGUUGUUCUGGAGCAUGUGGGUAGAGUGCACUUGAUCGAUUUAAGGAAUCUAAAUUCUGAUGGUGUUGACGAUCAUCAAGUUAUUGUAUUCCCAUUCGCUAUCGAUCAAUUUGCGUCCUAUAAAGAAAAGAUGAGAAAAGAAAAGGAUCUUAAAGUAGAACAGGAAUGCUCGAUUGACAACGAUAUGGAUUCAGUCAAUGAUGCGAAACGCGACUUUCAUCAACAUAAGCAAAUAAGUAUAUAUGGAGAUAUGGAAGAUGCCACGGAAGACGAUGAAUUACAAUUUCCAGUGCCAUUGGUUUAUGGAUCAGAAUAUUUGACUAAUGCUAAUCCUAAGUUGUUUAAGAACUAUAGUUACCAACCCUUGCCACCAAAGAGCCUGGAAGAAAACGAGACCUACAAUCCACCUAUUGAAUUCAAUUUGCCUCAAUGGAAUUCGACCUAUAAUUCUGCUUACAAUCAUAUUUCAGUUUCUCCAACGACAAGGGCUGGUCCUUCUUUUAAUGGGGUACUGAAUGCAGCAAGAAAUGAUGACAUAAUGUAUGACCACCUGGAAUCUAUGCCUCCCCCUUCGGGUUCUUCGUUGGAAUCGGCAACCUCCUCAAAUUCUGCCUACAGAAAUUAUUGCCAGGACUCUUACCAGCAGUCUGUAAAUCAUAUUCAUGGAGAAAUGGAACUUUCAGGAGUGGACUGGUUUGAUAGAAAAUUAAUGAUUGGUUGUGAAGAAGGAGGUGUACUUUCUUGGGAUGUUAACGACAUGGCACGGAGAAGUUUUGGAAGCUUCUCUUACGCGUAA